AUGUAUCGGAAGUUGUCUAAGUUAGAACACUCGGAAAUAAAACAACUUCUUACAGAAGCUAAUAUAGAUGUUGCAAAGCAUUACGCAACAAACAAAAAAGCACUCGCUGACUUCAUUAAAGACUACAAUGGUGAAAUAACUUAUGAUAGAAUUCAUGAGUUCAUAAAGCCGCAACGCGGCGAGGACGAAGUCCAUGCAAGAACUUUUCCUUUAAAUGACGUUGCUAUUGACUUAUAUCAUAGACGUUCAGUACCUCAUGAAGUAAGGCGUGAAAUGUUUGACAUAACAAAUGCAAACGUUGGUGAAACAAGAAGAGCUGUACCACAUGAAGUAAGGCGUGAAAUGUUUGACAUAACAAAUGCAAACGUUGGUGAAACAAGAAGAAGAGACGACACACUGAAACAACAGAGAAGAGAGAUGUUUAAAAGUGCUAUAGAACAAGUUCGCAAAGCUAAUGAUGUCAUUCGUUCCAUUGACGACAAACCAAAAGAAGGUGAGAGAUGGUUAAAGAAAGAUGAAGAGAAUAGGAAGAGAAAUGUGAAGUCAGGCAAUAGACUCAUUGACUUUAACAUCGAAGCUUUAGAUGAACCAAACAGAGACUACUUACACAAACAUUUCGGUAAGGUUUUCAUGAGACUCUUAGAGAAAAUUAAAAUAAACUCACAACAGAGAUGGAUGGUAUGUUAUAAACUUGGUGGAAAGUAUGAAUGUUCUACGUUAAACCUCAAUAAUAUUGGAACAUUACUACAUCAGCUCUUGAAGGAGAACUUUAUAUCAGAGAUAGAAGCAAAUGCCGCAGGUAUUGUUGAAAUGCACUAUGACUUCUUCUUGACAAACAUAAAGAAUCUUACCGAAAUAAAGAUGUAUGAUUUAACAGAAUAUGAAGGCUUAACGAUGUCAGAUGUAAAGAAAGGCAAACCAAAAAAGAGACCAUAUAGAGAUGAAAGCACACUGACAAAUGACCAGAAAGCCAUUUUGGAAGCUCUUAAGCAAACAGGAAACCCAGCACUUAUAGAAAGCUUUUGGAAAGAUAAUG